AUUUGCCCCAACCCUGUUCUCCAAGGCCUACGGUAGCCUGGUGUGUGCGGGAUGCUCCAGCUCUCCAGCCAACACCAGCAGGCCCUUUACCUGUAUGGACUGCCACUAUGACAUGAGUGGAAGUAACGAACCCUUAUAUCUCAGACACAUUGAGCCUCUUGUAUACACCAUCUCCGUGUUGCUGCCCUCCGCCUACUGAUCGGCCUCAUCUUCACCCUGAAGACCCACUCCACAUCUACGACAUCCAAGUCAGUGACGUGCACGACCACCACCAGGGUCAGUGCCCACCGGGGGCGCCAGCGGUGGUCAUGGCACGGUCGUCCACUGGUCCAGGUUGAGGGCUCUGUCUGUGCUGAUCAUGGCCACGCUGCUAAUGGCUGCCUGUGCCGACCUCACCACGGAGCACAUCAAACCCAUCCUCGACCACUCCGCCAUCUCCCAGUAUUUCAUCGGCGUGACCGUGUUGGCGAUGGUGCCAGAAAUUCCUGAGAUCUUCAACGGAAUCCAGUUUGCCCUGCAGAAUAACAUCAGUCUCAGCUUGGAGGUGGGAAACUGCAUAGCAGUGCAAGUCUGCAUGAUUCAGAUUCCCUUACUCAUCUUGUUCAACACUUUUUAUGAUGUGGGAUUCAUGCUCCUGUUCAGUGACUUGCAUCUUUGGGCCAGCAUCUUUAGUGUGAUUGUGGUCAACUACAUUUUCAUGGAUGGCAAGUCUGACUACUUUCAGGGGACUGCUUUGGUGGUGGUUUACCUCAUUCUACUGGCGUUGUACUUUUUCGCCCCAUCACCCCGUGCCUGUUGAGCUGCCCGCAAAGAACUUCAACUCCUAGAGUCCUGUCAGUCACUAUUACAGGAGCUGCCUUUGUGUUAACUAUUUCGAUGCCAUGUGAGUUAUAUUCUGUCUUUCAGUUGUAUUCAUAAGGGCUCGCAGUGGGAAGUCCAGGUAGUCCCUCCCUGUUGCAAUUUGUUUUCCCAUUUGUGCCUAAUGACAUGACCCGUCUGGCAAAUGGCCCUUUACCUUUGGAAUUAUUUGCAUUAUGAUUUCUAAAUUAACAUUCCUUCUAUUUAAGCACUGCACAUCCUGGGUGUAUGUAAACAACAUGUAGGAGACAUGUGUUUUCAGUAGGAUUUUGGUAGAUUAAAAUGCAAAUGUUAA